CUCAAAUUAAAAGCAUUCUGCAUUGUUUCUUGGAUUUUUCAGUAACCAUGAACUGUCACGAGUUCGUGACUGUUUUCCUUUUAUCUGUUGUGGAGGGUGUCUGCUCUUUCUUUUUCGUUUUCAUCGGUUGUGGUUCAACCAUAAGCUGGCUGGGGCAAGAAACAGGACCAAACGUUUUAAGCAUAUCUUUGUGCUUUGGUUUUACGAGUGCUUUUUUGGCGAACAUUUCGACUUAUUUUGGCGGUGGGUUCUUCAAUCCUGCAAUCACCAUUGCUUUAGCGGCAAACAGAAGUAUAUCACCAAAGAGGGCUUUAUGCUUUGUAUGGGCACAGCUCAUUGGCGCUGUUUCUGGUGCAGGUCUCCUGUACGUCAUCAUUCCUGAGGAGAGCUCUGUUCACCUUAGAGGAAAGAUUCAGUCAGUAUCUCCUUGGGCAGGGUUUGGAGUGGAGUUACUUCUGACAGUUGCUGUAAUGUUAACUGUGUUGAUGUGUACAGAAAAAGGCCACACAAUAGUUGAUCGUGCCGCUUCUGUGGUGUUUGGUCAGGUUGUUGCUGCUUGUCAUCUCUUUGCGUAUCCAAUUACUGGAUGUGGAAUAAACCCUGCACGUGUCUUUGGCCCUGCUUUGGUGGAACACCAAUGGACUGACCACUGGGUUUACUGGUUUGGCCCAAUAUUUGGUGCUCUUCUAGCAACAGGGAUUUACCAUGUGGCAAACAACUUUCCUGUCACUUCAGCAGAUGAGCUUGUUAUUAUUGGAAAAGAGCUACAUGGAAAAGCAGAAUCAGCCAAGAGACCAGAUUAUCAGGGAGAACUUCCACAAAGCUGCGACAUACAAACCCAGACGCCCUCUGAAUUGAAAACAACCGUGUAGUGAUUCUACAUGUACAGUACAAGCUUUAUCAGAAAAAGGGAUUCUGUACUUUGAUUCUUUCAUGUUUUCUCUGAUUUUUAUCCACUUAGGAGAAAUCCUAAUGGUUUUUUGGGAUUAAAUUUUAUCUCUAUGGUUUAAUUAAAACUGUAGGUCACUUUUGGUAAGAGUCAAUUGAAGUUAAGAACAUUCAUUCAUACUUGUAAAGAUGUAGAAAUACCAGAUCAACAAAUUAAGUAAAAUUAACACUGUUUUACAUUAACUACCAUUAGUUCAUUUAAGAAACCAUGAAGCUUAAAAUUUACUGUUUUGAUAGAAAAAAUUUAAUAUCAUAAUUAAGGUUCUGUGUACAUCAAUUGUAGAAGGUU